CCUGGGCGAGGAGAGAGGUGUCCGGGCGAGGAGAGAGUCCGGGCCCGGCCCCCUCCGCCCCUGCCUGGGUGGGCAGGCAGGCAGGUUGGGCAUCCCCCGUCUGCCCCCCAGGGCUCCCGGCCGCCAUGGCCAGCUACCCGGAGCCGGAGGACGACGACCCCGUGGGCGGGCUGGGCCAGGACGCCGCGGCCGCGGCCGCCUCCGCCGCCGCCUCCUCCGCCCUGGUCGUCAAGGAGGCGGAGGGCAAGGACCGUCGGAGCCCGGGUGGCGGGGCCGGGGGCGGCGGCGGGGGGGCCGAGAAGCCGGACCCGGCGCAGAAGCCCCCAUACUCCUACGUGGCCCUGAUCGCCAUGGCCAUCCGCGAGAGCGCCGAGAAGCGGCUGACCCUGUCCGGGAUCUACCAGUACAUCAUCGGCAAGUUCCCCUUCUACGAGAAGAACAAGAAGGGCUGGCAGAACAGCAUCCGCCACAACCUCAGCCUCAACGAGUGCUUCAUCAAGGUGCCCCGCGAGGGCGGCGGGGAGCGCAAGGGCAACUACUGGACGCUGGACCCGGCCUGCGAAGACAUGUUCGAGAAGGGCAACUACCGCCGCCGCCGCCGGAUGAAGCGCCCCUUCCGCCCGCCCCCGGCCCACUUCCAGCCGGGCAAGGGGCUGUUCGGGGGAGUGGUGGGCACGGUGGGCACGGUGGGCGCCGUGGGCGCCGGGGCGCCGGGCGGCGGGGCCGACGGCUACGGCUACCUGGGGCCGCCCAAGUACCUGCAGCCCGGCUUCCUCAACAACUCGUGGCCCCUGGCGCAGCCCCCCGCGCCCGUGCCCUACGCCUCCUGCCAGGCGGCCGGUGCCAACGCCAAGGGGCUGGGCCCGGCCCCGGGGCCCUACGGGCCCUACCCGCGGGUGCAGGGCAUGGCCUUGCCGGCCGUGGUCAACUCCUACAACGGCAUGGGGCACGCGCCGCACCCCCAUGCCCACCACCACCCCCAUGCCCACCACCACCACCACCCCCAUGCCCACCACCACCACCCGGCCGCCCCGCAGCUCAGCCCCGCCAGCCCCGCCGCCGCCCCUUCCCCGGCCUCGGCCGCCCCCUCCCCUGCCAACGGGGCGGCCCCCGCCGGGCUCCAGUUCGCCUGUGCCCGCCAGCCGGACCUCUCCGUCAUGCACUGUGCCUACUGGGACCACGAGGGCAAACACGGCUCCUUGCACUCCAGGAUAGACAUCUGACGGACGGGGACUUUUUUUUCCCCCUCUCCCCGACCCCCCACCCGCGCUGACCUCGCCCCCCUCCCCCUACAACGCGGAGCGGCCCCUCUGCCCUGCUGCCCCGCUCGGACGGCCCGGUGCCAACCGGGGGCAGGGCCCCCAACCCAACCCCGCUCCAACGUUCGCUCCGACUCGGUGGUUCAGGGCUGAGAAACGGGCGAGGCCGCAAAUCGUCUCAAGGUCUGUGUGCGGGGGCAGGAGGGGGCGGGUGUAAUGGUUGGCAUGCUCCUUUGUCACUUUGGUUCCAGGAAAAAAAAAAAAACCCACCACCAAAAAGCCCUCGGAGGCCCCCCUCUUCUCCCAUCUGGGGAGAGAGAGAGAGCCUGGCAUUCGGAUUCGGCUUCCCUCCUCUCCUCCCGACCUCCUCUUCCCUAAAAGCAAACAGGCCAAACGACACAAGUCGGGGCGUCUUUCUGCCCCCGUCUUUGGGGGACAGCACCUAAGGAGUUCAGGGAGUGAGGGGCAGAGUGUUUGGCACAUAGUAAGCGCGGAAAAUAAAACCACCAUCAAAAAACCCUCGGAGGCCCCCCUCUUCUCCCAUCUGGGGAGAGAGAGAGAGCCUGGCAUUCGGAUUCGGCCUCCUCUCCUCCCGACCUCCUCUUCCCUAAAAGCAAACAGGCCAAACGACACAAGUCGGGGCGUCUUUCUGCCCUGGUCUUUGGGAGACAGCACCUAAGGAGCUCGGGGAGUGAGGGUCAGAGUGUUUGGCACAUAGUAAGCGCGGAAAAUAAAACCACCAUCAAAAAACCCUCGGAGGCCCCCCUCUUCUCCCAUCUGGGGAGAGAGAGAGAGAGCCUGGCAUUCGGAUUCGGCUUCCCUCCUCUCCUCCCGACCUCCACUUCCCUAAAAGCAAACAGACCAAACGACACAAGUCGGGGCGUCUUUCUUUCCCGGUCUUUGGGGGACAGCACCUAAGGAGCUCGGGGAGUGAGGGUCAGAGUGUUUGGCACAUAGUAAGCGCGGAAAAUAAAACCACCAUAAAAAAACCCCUCGGAGGCUCCCCUUUUCUCCCAUCUGGGGAGAGAGAGAGCCUGGCAUUGGGAUUCGGCUUCCCUCCUCUCCUCCCGACCUCCUCUUCCCUAAAAGCAAACAGACCAAACGACACAAGUCGAGGUCUUUGGGGCACAGCACCUAGGGAGCUCAGGGAGUGAGGGGCAGAGUGUUUGGCACAUAGUAAGCGCGGAAAAUAAAACCACCAUCAAAAAACCCUCGGAGGCCCCCCUCUUCUCCCAUCUGGAGAGAGAGAGAGAGAGCCUGGCAUUCGGAUUCGGCUUCCCUCCUCUCCUCCCGACCUCCUCUUCCCUAAAAGCACACAGACCAAACGACACAAGUCGGGGCGUCUUUCUUUCCCGGCCUUCGGGGGACAGCACCUAAGGAGCUCAGGGAGUGAGGGGCAGAGUGUUUGGCACAUAGUAAGCGCGGAAAAUAAAAACCACCAUAAAAAAAUACCCUAGGAGGCCCCCCUCUUCUCCCAUCUGGGGAGAGAGAGAGAGCCUGACAUUCGGAUUCGGCUUUCCUCCUCUCCUCCCGACCUCCUCUUCCCCAAAAGCAAACAGACCAAACGACGCAAGUCGGGGCGUCUUUCUGCCCCGGUCUUUGGGGGACAGCACCUAGGGACUCAGGGAGUGAGGGGCAGAGUGCUUGGCACAUAGUAAGACCUUAACAAAUGUCGUCAUUAUUAAGACAGUACCCUUCCCCUCUCCCCAUGUGAAUCUGUCUCUCUGGAGACAGCCGUCCCUCUGGAGACAUCAGAUUCUCCAUAAAUCUGUGUACAUGCAUAUACCCAGAUAUAUGUAUGUAUAUAGUCCUAAACGGCUCAGCGAGUGGUUGGUUGCACUUCUUCGAUAUUCUGUCAGAGCAGGACUCUCGGGGGUUUCCGAGAGAGACGUGAGACUUGCUUUGAUUCUGCGGCAGGAACGACGGUUCCUUCAAACCAAGGCAAUAUUUUUUCUUUAAAAAAGUCCACCAGGUAAACCUGUGUGAUGCGUGGUCGCACUAGGGUUUGUUAGAGUAGAAAAAAAUGGGGGCGGGUGAUGUAUAUAAUCGUCCAUUCUGUGAGAUUUUGAGAAGCGCUGCAGGCCUCUAAAAAAAGUGGUGCACGGGAGGUUCGGAUUCUGAAAGACGGCUGCUAGUCGGAUUUGGAAUCGGGCUUUCUCCAAGCGAGUAAAAAAUUAAUUUCAUCUUCUGACCUAAGCCCCUGGCCCCCUCAAAAAAAGGAUUCGUUGGUAGUUGAUUGUUGUUUUGGGUCUUAACUGCUUUGGACUGCUCAACCUUCUUUUUAUUUUUUUAAUUCCUCAAACCAUCUUGAUUUCUCCAGCCUUGGAUAGAGUAAUGUGAAAAACAGAAGUGUUAUAACUAUUCGGGGCCAGGUCCUAGCGAUCGUAUUCAUGUUUGUGUAAAUUCAUAGAUAGUGUUGCCUAGUACCAUUUCGGGGACCAACUUUUCUAGAGUGAACUAUAGCACUUUUGUUGUAUUUUCUAGCAUUGUAAAUUCUUUAAUAAAAUGUUUUUUCUUUAA